CUGUGCCUAUGCUACGGUGCGCAACAAGUUGUACGUGAGAUCGGCACGCGACUUUGGCGGCUUUUCGAGGGGGGGAGGGGAGGAGGGGCAAUACCCCGGCCGGUUUUACUCCUGCCGAUCGAGUCGAGGGGAGCGCGGGUCCGCCGCUUUUCGGCCUCCCUCCCAUUGGAGCGAGCAAAGCUGGGCGGCACCAUCUCUCUUUAAAGAAGAACCAAACAACAACACUAGCACCACCACCACCACCACCUCCACCACCAUCAGUGUCCAUCAACCACCCACCGCGCUCACCGUCACACCCCGCUCGCCCGCGCGCGCGCGCGCGCACACACACGAGGGACCGAUCGAUCGAUCGCUCCAGGCGAUCGAGUCGCACUGAAGCUGCUUGAAGAGCUUGGCGAUCUCUCGCUCCCUGCAGAUUAGAUCGGUUUCAACCCGGGAACAAUAUAUUGUGGAAGUACACAAACUUUUUGAGUAUCGUUACAAAGAGUCCAUGCUUGGAUGAGUACCUGGAGCAGUAGGUACCAAAGUCGUCCAUUCUGCAUUGUGGAGUUGCUCUGGAUCAACUUGGAGUGCGUCCUUCGAAACUGGAAAUACCAAAUUCCGUUCUAGAUAAUUUGCUGGGCGCGCAGAUGGCAGAUGAUCCUAGUCUAGACUUUGGUGAAUUUCCUCAGCCAUUCUGCAGCCAGCAAGUUGUUUCAUUUCAGCCAAGCGUGACAACUAGUGGGUCAGGAGGCAUGCCAGUGUACCUGGACUGUUCCAGUGGGAUGGACAGCAACACGGUGAUGUUGAGCACCACACCUUCUGUGGUUGUCUCCACCACUUCGUCCAAUACGGUUGCUGAUCCCGGGCAGAACCUCAAAUAUGGAGGGCCCCUGGCAGCUGAUUGGUCACGUCUUGAGCUCGAUGUGCUGAAAGAUGGCCUCCAGAAAUAUGGAAAUGAACAAGGCAUCAUGAAGUAUAUAAAGAUAGCAGCUUCAUUACCAAGCAAGACUGUGAGAGAUGUCGCAAUGAAGUGUCAGUGGCUAGGGAAAAGAGAAAAUUCAAGGCGGCGGAAGUCUGAAGACCAUCACACUGGAAGAAAGAUGAAAGAAAGAAAGGCUAAAAUGGCCGAGCCUUCCUUAUGGGGUACCAAUCAUCCAGUUCAGACGGACACAAGAGUUCCUUCGUUUGUGUCACAUAAUGCCAUUCAAAACAACCAAAUUCUAACUGGAGCCACUGAAAUAGAUCGUGCAAUGCAGCAAUUACUAGUACAAAAUGAUCGACUUCUUGAUCAGAUUGAAGCAAAUAUGCUAGCAUGUCAGCCGCAAAACAAUAUUGAACUCUUCCAUCGGACAAGAAGGAACAUCAAUGGUCUUCUGCAAACCAUGAACCAAAUGCCUGGGAUAAUGAGUAAGAUGCCUCCGUUGCCCGUCUCGGUGAAUGAAAAUCUUGCUAGCUUCGUACUUCCUGGUCUUACAGUGCCACAAUUUCUCGGAGGCAGCCAAUUGAAGGAGGAACCAAGAGGAUGAUGGUGAUGACUGAUGAGUAGAACUACCAGGGAUCCUGCUUUCUCUAUCAGAAGGCGAAGGGGAGGUAACUGUAACCAAUCUGCUGCUCGGCCUCCACUGACAUGGGUUGAACGUACGCCCCAGCUGGCCAGCGACAAGCCUGUAAAACUGGUGGCUGAACAGUAAUAUUUCAGGAAACUUCAGUUUUGCUCGUCUUGGUGCACCUGCACAUAUUGAAUUUUUUUUUCUUUUCGAUUUCUCAUCCUGUCAGUUUCUCAGUAUAGUGAAUAGAGGAUGUAGAAUAGGAAGUUAGUUAAUAAUAAGUACUAGCUAGCUAGCUAGCUAUUAGCUAAGCUUAGCAAAAGAGGAAAAAAAAGGCCUUUUUGCCCGUUAACAUUUUGCUGUUCCCUGUGUGUAAAAUGCAAUCCAAGAGUCUAGCUUUAUCUAA